AUGACGGAGACCCCUGGUACCCCAGCGUACAUGCCCCCCGAAGUGAUGGUUGCCAACCCCCACUACAACACCAGUGUGGAUGUGUUCUCCUUUGGGAUCAUGAUGAUUCACACCUUCACAGCAGAGUGGCCACUACCAAGUAUCGGCCCCACCAGAAUCGAUCCUGCUAAUCCCAAUGGUUUGAUACCAGUGACAGAAGCUAAACGACGUGAAGAGUUUCUUCGAAAAAUUUCCCCAGACCACCCUCUGAUGGACCUCAUCAUGCACUGUCUCAGCAACAACCCUCAGCAAAGAGUGGAGAUGCUCCAGCGAGUGAGUGCCCUACUGACAGAGAAGAGGGAGCUUGAGGAGGAGGUUGUGAGGAAGGACUCGGCAAUCCAGGAGAAAGCAGGAGAGAUCGAGGCACUGGCGGAGGAGAAAAGACGACAAGAGGAAGAAAGUGAAAACACUGUCGAGCGUAUGCAGUUGGUGCGCUCUGUGGAAACUGAUCAGUAUAAAUUGGAAAACGAAGAUCUUAAAGGUCAACUCGAAGCUAAAGAGACAAUUGUUAACACGAAAGAUGAAUUUAUUAUUUCAAGAAAUUCUAGGAUUGUGAAAUUAGAAACUCGAUGUAAGCAACUCACUGAAGAGGUGGAGCAACAAAUUGCCAACGUCAACUACACUCAAAACGAGCUUGUAUCUAAAGCUACGAAAAUAGCUCAACUGGAAACAGAUGUCACCAAUCUCACUGCACAAGUGGAACAAGAGCUAGCUGACAAAAACUCUAUUAUCACCCACAAAGAUUCGAUGCUUGCCUCCAAGGACACUUACCUUCAGAAGAAUAAAACCACCAUUCAGAGUUUAAACAACCAACUGACCAAAACCAGAGACUACCUGACCAGCAAACCACAGUCUCUAGGUUUAGAAUAG